GGGUAUCAUUGUCAAUCACAAAGUUCACAACCAAACAAGGGAUAUAGUUGGAAUUGUGCACACUAAAAAAAUGGUAGGAAGUAGCAUCACCACACUACUACACAAUUCACCAGUCAUCACAAGAUGUUAGUUGUUCAUUUGAACAAGCAAUUCUAGCAUCUUUCCAAUAAGUUAGAAAGAAAGCAUUUGCCUUUUCUUUUCCCCCAUCUAUUAUCAUCAAGUCAUCAACUUAAUUGGAGCCAGCUCCAACUGGUUCAUGGAUAUUGAUCACCCUACAAAGAGUGCUAUUAGGGGGUGGUUUAAUAUUUCUAGUAGUAAUAUUUUCUUGGAAAUUAAAUUAUUAUUCAUAUUAUUAUUACUACCUUUGUUAUGGCAAAAUCACAAGCUCUUCUCCUCCUUAUCCUUGGGCCGCUCUUGAUUACUUCCAUAGUUUUCGUCCGCCGCCAUGGAGAGCUUUCUCGGCCACCGGAGGCGACAAUCCCGGCAAUGGGAAGAAAAACCGGCCAUAUGAAGUCUCCAAGAAACCGACGAUACUCCUCCACCAUCACUAUUGGAGGUCUCCAUUCAAGCAGCAUGGUCUUCAAUGUUUCAUUUCAUGGCGUUCCCACCGGUGCAAAUCCUAUUAAUAACAAUUUAUUAAGUUCCGGUACUGUAUCAGCUAAUUCAGGCACUUUAUCCAGAACUUAAUAAACUUCAGCGGAGGAGGUCGGUGGUUCUGUGUCUUUUUGGAGGAGGGUGAAACAGGCCAAGGAAGCCUGGAUCCGACGAUAGAAAGAAGGCGUAGAGCUGUGGCUGAAUUGGAGUGCGGAUGAUUUCAAUUCCGUUUGGGCUGGACUUUUCACUUCAGAGGUGGUCACAUUUUUGUCCAUGUAUAAAAUUGUCAUAUUUUUGUCCAUUCAAAGUCCCUGACUAAUAUUUUAGUCAUUCUUUCUCCUAACUAUUCCUCGAAAUGUUUGUCAUUUGAUAUGUCGUUACUCCUUAAUCCUUACAAGCAAACUUGAGAUAUAAUUUGUGGAGUUUCAUAAUGACGGACAAUAACUUGAUUUUCUUAAAUUAAUACUUCCUUUGUAUCAUUUUAAUUGUCAUUACACAAUAUUCAC